AUGUCUACCUUCACCACUCUCGCUCUCCUUGCGACCACAGCAUUAGCGCAAGUCACCAUCCCAGCAACCAAUGGCAGUCUACCAGCAGCAGUCGGUAAUACAGGAUGUGCCGCCGGCUACUACCCAGGAACCUCUCAGGUCAUCUACACGGUCCCAUACACCUACCAACAAGUCCUGUCUAUCAUCGGGAACUACACCAACUUGACUUGGUCCGGAUCGCCCGACAAUUCGGUCACGACCAACGAUUCCAAGGCGUUGAUGACAAACAACUGGGGCCCUGGCGAUGCGCGAUUCUACGAUAUCGCAGGCGCACAUGUCAUCGAGACAAUCCUGACGUACUCCAAGCCAGCAAAUGGUCCAUAUGUUGAAGUACACACCCUUGCACCGUUGACAGUACCUGCCGCGAAUGUGAGCUUCUACAGCGACUUCGAUGGGCAGGUGUACCAACCGAUCUGUGGCGGGAAGGCUACCACCGGCAACUACACGAUCAACUUCUGCGCAACCAACGCCUCAGUCGCCAGCCAGGUCCUGAGUAUGCUACACAUGACCGACGCUGUCACAGUAGGAACUUUCUUGGGUGGAAAGAACUUCACUAGCUGUGCGGCGCUAGGUGCCGGGAAUGCUACUUCGACUGGCUUGCCCAAUGCUACUUCGAGUAUGCCAGCUAUGUAUACGGGAGCGGCUGCGAAUAUCAAGGCUGGUGUCCUUGGCACGGCGAUGGUUGCGGCUAUCGCUUUUGCCCUGUGCUUGUGA